AGACAUCAACAGUAACGGAUUUGAGAAAUAUUAUCAUCGAGCUCAAAAAAAUAUUACAAGGAAUUUCCCUAAUAAUAGAGAUAUCCGGGUGGACAGUACUGAGCUUGCCCUUGAAGGUAUCUCUACGAUGGUCAUUGAUGGGGGAGCACCUCCAAAAGUAUUUCAUACAAAGACAAACUCUCAGCCAAAGAUGGACUUACUGGAGCUUGGGUUCUCUGGAGAAAGUCUCAACUCAAUAGUCUCGCCUCGUCAAGAGUCAUCAAUGAAUACUCUUGGGAACAUUUCUAUUGCUCAACCAAAAGUGUAUAGCUCAUUUAUUAAUUCAAAUAAAAGAAACAGGAUUGGUUCUUCGAAUCUUAAGUUUGAUGUUAACUUUCAGAGACAUAUAAGGGUGCCUAAUUAACUUUGAUUUUACUAGAAAAGUAGUCCCAUUGCAUACUAAAUAAGUCUAUAAACCCAAACUUUAUGCAUCGAGUGCCUCAUACAGCUAGGAAUGCGACAUACCAGCAAUUCAGGAUAGGUGGGUGGCAUUAAUUUAUAGUUUUCCAGGCAAAUUGGAAGAUUUCAACUUUGUGUUCUCAUCCAACAUCAUUAUAGAUACUCUAAAUGAGUCUCAGAUUAAACAAAUUAUGAGCUUCCCAAAAGAAGCACAAGCACUAAUGGGGUAAAUAUCUGCAUAACCCUUUCUAGGAAAUAUGAAACUAUGGUGAAAUCGAUCAUUUCUUGAGGAGCUAGCUCACAGGGAGAACUACGAAGCAAUUUUGAACAGUUCAAAGCAUGCUUGAUAAAGUACAUCUCGCACCAAAUUUCUCAGCAUAAAAUGUUGAAAGAGCUACGGCCAUCACCUAAGAAAGAGGUUCAGGAUACAGUGCUUUCUAGCUUGAAACGGGAUGCUUCCCUACAAAAAUCCCUUUGCAAGAUUUCUUCACAUUCAGAGAAGAAGUUAUCAACUUUGGAACAAAGAUUAUCCAAGCUAAAUAGGGUUUAUAAGCAGGAGAAGUUCCACGAGAAAGAGUAUAUCAACAAGCUUAAGCUAAAAGACAUAAAGAUCAACAACCUCUCAUCCAUGGUAAAAGCACAGUUGAAAGAGUUGGAAAAGCAACAUGAAUCCAGAGAGCAAGAACAGAAGGAAAUAGAGCAAGCUCAGCUAAAAAGAAAGAAAAGACAAAAUGCUCUUCACCAAAAGAGAAGGAGUCAAGAACUCGAAGUCAAGAGUAAUCGCUUAGAAGACCUUGAGAGCAGUGCCAGAAUUAACAAACAGAAUGCUGAAUUACAAGCUGAGAAGCAGAGUCUUACUAUAACACUAGAGGCUUGCCAAUCUGAGAGUAGGAAGCAAGCUGAAAUUAUCCAGAACUUGAAAAGAGAGCUGAAGAGCCUCAAGCAACAAAAUAGCACUCACCUGAAGACUCAGGCUGAAUGUCAGAAGGAGAUGACUUCUUAUAAGCUUACUGAAAAUAUGCUGAAAUCUCAGCUUGCAGAAUUGAAAAAGGAGAAGAAGCUCUGGGAAACCACUAAAAAUACAGAUUGUGAUCAAACCAAUCUUAAAGUAACUCUAACAGACCCCUUUUUCCAAAUAGGAAGUGAUCAUGCUUUCUUUGUUGGGCAUCCUUCUCGUUCGAAAUCCUUCAUGAUGAACGAUAUUGGGAGUGGAGGUUUGAAAUAAGACCCAAUUGAUGAAGGUGCAUCAGAGCUCGAAAAACAUCAACUUUGCUCUGAUAAAUGGUGACAUAGUUGAGAAGUUCAAGAACGAUAUCUACCCUAGUUCAAAAGUCCAAGCGAAGAGAGGACCCACUGGAACAAAGAACUACGGAUUCCCAAGAAUUAUAGAUGAAGAAGAUGAAAGCCUCAGUGACUCCAUGGAUAAUGAAAUCCCAAUAUCGAUGAUUAACUCCGGAAUCGAACCUAGUGAGAGUGAGAUUACAGACGACCAAGCAAAGGAAAUUGAAGAGAUGAUGAACAAUAAAUAUUCGGUCUUCAAUGCAUUCAGUAUAAAUUUAGAAGAAUUCAGUCUUUCUAAGCCAAGGUACUUCACCCUUAUAGAACACCACAUCUCCUCUGGUGAAGCAUUCAAGGGGAUCUACGAGGAGAUGGAUGAAAAGACUAGGAGGUCUUUUGAACUAGAGAAGCAAACCUUGCUGAGGAGGUAUCGGAGUGGAACUCUUGAACUUCCAUAUAAUCCUCCCUUUGAUCAAUGGCUAUUUGUCACAAUUAGAGCAAUAUUUGACUCAAAGAUGUAUGAACACUGCAUGAAAUCACAUGACCCUACUAAUAUCACUUCUUUCCCUGAGUUUGUGUACUCCUGGCUUGGAACUUUCUGUGUUGAUGGGAUCACAAGGAAAACCAGACUUCUAGAGUUUUACGAACUAGACCAUGUUGAUGAAAUCCGACUUCAAAUCUUACUAGGGCUUAAAGCAAACAUUGAGUCAAAAAUGUGGGAAUAUUCUCUAUUCCUUGACUUUUUAGAAGAAAGACAUUCUGUAGAUGAACUCCAUUUCUAUCUUCUCUGAAGAGACUAUGUAUUUGGAGGGUCUCAACUUUCAACGAGGAAGGGCCAAUUUGACAGAGUGCACUUAAUCCCAAUGGAGGUUGCAAUUUCUGUUUUCAAGCAAAUUUUUACCAAAGCUCCUAAUGAAGAAGUGACAGAAAUCAGGGAGAGGUUGUUUAAUCUCUCAAAAGGGCUCAAAAUUAACCAAAAUAAGAGGCCCAGUAAGAGCUACAUAGAUGCUACCAAAAUAUUAAGAAUCAUGCUAGAAUAUUACAGGAAGGAGAAAUAAGAUUCGAGUGCAUAUCUUUCAUGAACUUUUUGAGGAAAAACUCCAAAUAACAAAGACCACAUUUCAGAGUGCUAAAUUUAGCGAUGGGAUUUCCUUUCAGCACUUUAAGAGUAUCCUGCAGCAGCUGGAUCCAGACUGAUCUCAUACGGAAUCAGCCUCAAUUUAUAGGCUGGCAUGGGUCCUUGGAAAUAACUGUGUAAAUCUCAGAUCGUUCAUGAAAGCAGCAAAUACUAGGAAUUAUUUUGUCAGAAAUAUCAACAUAGAAGCGAGUUAUGAUGUGCCUCAAAGCAUGACAAAAUUCCUCAAACUUGACCAGAACCUCCGAAGCCUAGCAACAACGGUUGGCAACGAAGAUGCCUAUCUGGCAGUCAACAAAUUAUUGUUGUCCAUUAAGGAAAGAGCUGGAUAUAAGCUAGACAGUGAAGUUCUAACUCAGUUCAGAUCCCUCAAUCUCAUAUUUCACAAUAUGAAGAAUGUUCUGCUGAGAAAUACAUCUCAGAAUAACUCGAGACAGCAUGUGAUGACAAAUGAAUUUAUUGAAAAAGAACUCAAGAUUUAUAAAAAUUUAGUCAUCCAAUUUAAGGAGUAUUAUGAAGAGAAGCAGGAAGAUCCUGAAGGCGAGUUAGUAUCUAGGCUUAUGUUGUAGGAUGAUCAGAGAACAAAGCAUCAUCACCAUGCAAAGGAUCUUAAAGAAACAAGCUAGUAUUAAAUGGGGCAUACUCAGAACAGCAACCACUGGCUUAAAAGAAGAAAUCCUUGAGGAAAGUGAUGAAUAAGCAAUAGAUUGUCCUCACAACUCAAUUUACAU